AUGCCCAAGUUUUCUCUGGAAUCCAUCAUACGUCCAAACAUUUUGUCACUAAAACCAUAUCGCUGUGCACGAGACGAUUACGCAACCGGUAUACUCCUUGAUGCAAACGAAAAUUCCUUUGGAUCGGUGAUUAACUCUUCCGCAGAAAGUCUGAACAGAUACCCAGAUCCCUAUCAAUUAGAUGUUAAAGAACGGUUUAUUGACUUUCGAGGAAUAGCAUCUGUUGAUAAUACAUUUCUUGGUGUUGGAUCCGACGAAAUCAUGGAUUUGCUUAUGCGGAUAUGCUGCAUUCCAGGAAAGGAUAAAAUAUUGGUUACUCCGCCUACCUACGGAAUGUAUUCUGUCUGUGCUAAGAUCAAUGAUGUGGAAGUUGUCAAAGUCAAUUUGGAUGGACGAUUUCAAUUAAGAACCGACGAAAUAUCAAAGACACUCUCCGAGGUUCCCAAUAUUAAAAUAGUUUUCCUUUGCUCACCAGGAAAUCCAACGGGAACUGCAUUGUCUCAUGAGAGUAUAAAAGCAAUAUUGGAAGAUGUGAAUCUUAGGGGAUUGGUCGUAGUGGAUGAAGCUUAUAUUGAUUUCGUAAGUGAAGAGAGGGAAGGCAGUGUGGCCGAAUGGGUUGAAAAAUACGACAAUUUAGUCGUUAUGCAGACUUUGAGUAAGAGUUUUGGUCUAGCUGGGAUUAGACUUGGAAUAGCUAUAGCGAAUCCGUUCAUUAUCAACAUGCUGAACAACACAAAGGCUCCAUACAACAUCAACUUGAUGACCUCCCAAGUGGCCCUAUCUGCUCUUCAACCAGACGCAAUUGCCAAAAUGCGAUCUAUGGUAUCUCUAAUUCGCGCUGAACGCGCCAAACUACUCUCAUCCAUUGCCAACAUCCCUAGUGUUGCUAAUAUUCUUGGUGCAAACGAUGCUAAUUUCAUCCUUGUUCAAAUUGUUGAUGGCAACGGAAAGCCCAGUAAUGACCGUGCUCAAUAUGUGUAUAAACAAUUAGCUGAAAAAUUGGGGGUUGUUGUUAGAUUUCGUGGGCAUGAAUACGGAUGUGAAGGCAGUUUGAGGAUUACGAUUGGGACCCCUGAACAGAAUGAGGCUCUGUUGACCAAGUUACGGGAAGUUUUAGGUGAAAGUUUCUAA